AUGGUAUCAUUACCAGAGCCUCGAAAGAUGAGACGAGAUACAGUUUACCAUCCAGCAACUAACGAUGAUAUCCCAGAAUUUCGUUUGGUAAGUUAUAGCUUCAAUUUUUUUUUAAUCUUUAAAAUUUUGCACUGUGCAAUUUUAAUUUUUUAUCAUGUUUCGCUAUUUUUAAUUUUUUCGAAUUUUGAAUUUUUAAACAAAAAACUGUUAGACAUAUCUGACAAUCAUAAAUCGUUCAUUACUCAAAGGUUAUGACAAUCGAGUUGAUUGGGUUUGAGCUUUGAGUAUUUUUUGCACUUUGAGUAUUGUUUGUAACAUUUUGUUGUUGUUUAGGCGAGUUCUGACGAAAGCGACUCGUUUUCGGAUGAGAUGAACGAUGAGCUAGAAAAUGCUAGACUUCCAUCUGAUGUGGACGAUGACUACGCUUACGAAAUGCCUCUUACUACGUGGGAGAAGGUCAAGAUUGUAGGUUAUCUUUGAACUUUCAGUUAGAUAUUAUAGAAAUAUAUUUUAUUUGAAAAUAUAAAUUUUAAAUCUUCUGACCGUGUUCACCUUACUUUCAGCGAUAUAUGAAUAAAUUUGAAUAAGUUUUUAGAAAGCUACAAGAAUAUUACCUCAUGUUGGAUUAGUUAUAUUGUUGUUGGUUUACUUAUUUGUUGGCGCUGCUGUCUUUCAACGCAUAGAAGGUCCGAAUGAGAUCAUAGUAAGUUUUAAUGUCAUUUUUUAUAAAGACGUAAGUUAUAUAUUACAUCUUUUUUAGCCUUUCACCCUUUAUUUUAGACCAAAAACAGAGAGUUACGAACGAUUUUGGGCCUUCGUGAUCAAUUUAAAGAAUCCGUGUGGAACUUGACUCACAAUCCAGAUACUUUUAUCACUCGGGACACUUUCGAUGGCUUAAAUCAAGAAUAUUUUGAACGACUGGUUGUUGAAAUCUUCUCGGCGUAUCGGAAUCAAUUCAUAACAGAAAAACAUCUACUGAACGAAACUGAUCAACUAGACAAUCUAUGGACAUAUCCGAACAGUGUGUUUUUUGCCACUACGGUUAUUACGACUAUUGGUGAGUUAUAUUAAUAUGAUUAUAAGGGUCUUAAGCUUUAAAAAUCACCUUAUUAUUUUAUUUUCUUAACAAUUACUGAGGGUCUUGUGGACCUUACCAUACUGUGAAACCAAGGAGGUGGCUUGGGGAUAGGAAAGAGUUGAAGGAAGGUGGUUUUACUAGGCUGUAUUUUUUUCUUCUACUCUUAAAAUUGAAAUAAAAAAAACAAUAUAAUGGUGACUUUAAGGUUAUGGUCAUCUUGUACCAACCACGCAUGUUGGGCGUAUGGUGUGCAUAUUAUUUGCUCUUAUUGGCAUUCCUUUGUUGUUGGUCACAAUUGCCGACAUUGGUCGAUUUUUAAGUGAAUUCUUGAACUAUGCUCACUUAUCUAUCCGGGCUUUUAUUAAAAACGUAAGUGGUUUACCGUCUGCUUACUAACGUGGCAUUAAACUUAUAUUCCAACCUUAAAAAUUAAUGCGAAUUAUAGUAUUAUUACUUGUGCUACUCAAACAUAUUAACUAGCUGAUGCUAAAUCACGUUUAUUUUGGUACCAUUUCUUCAAUUACUUUUUUUUAAAUUUAGGUCCGCCGCCAAUCUCGUCGUCUUUCACAUUUUCGCAGGAAACGGCCGAAUUCAAUUUCUGGUCAAUCCACAGCUACGGGUACCACAGUGAAUGCAGGUAGUAUGAACCUGAAUGACUUAAGAGAUCCAACGAGUUUGGACGAAGAAGAUGAGGAGUAUAAUGAAGAACCGAAGGAACCGUUAAGGAUACCGAUUCUGAUGGUGCUUUGUGUCAUUUUAUCGUAUACUGCUUUGGGAGGUCUUCUGUUUCAAAAGUUUGAGGAAUGGCCUUAUAUGGAAGCGUUUUACUUUUGCUUUAUCACUAUGGCUACAAUUGGAUUUGGUGAUUAUGUGCCCACAAAGCAGAUGUAUACGUUCAUCACGCUGAUUUACAUCAUCUUUGGAUUGGCAUUGUGAGUUUUUUCGUAGUAAAAUUUCUUUACAGUAUAAUAGUUCUGGAUUAUAUCGCUAGCUAUAGGUUUAUUUUCGUUUUUUGAUACUAUUUUUGUAUAUUAAGUUGGCCAUUAUACCUUUUUUUCUACCAAACUAUUUUCUAGAGCCACCAUGUGCAUAGACACAGCCGGCACGCACUACAUUAGAAAGAUCCACUAUGUUGGUACUAAAAUGGAAGAUGCCAAAGGAGUGGUAAUGACGGGUAUACAUCAUAGUGAACAUCUACUCAAGCACAAGGGUAUUAAUAUCAUAAAAACGGCUGGAGGGAAGAUCUACAGGGUUAGAUCAAGGUUGUUGUCGAAGGAACAACUCGAUUACUUGCUGAAGAGUUCACAAUAUCAACAGAAGAAUAUUAUCUACGAACCGUUGUCACCUCAGGUCAUAAAACUAGUCAAGGAUAAGAAAAUUAAUGUAAGUUUUGGUGGUUUUUUAAAAAUUUUUCAGGUUUAAAUGUUCUUAACGUUGCCAAACAUGUUUUAUGUGUACACAUAUAUGUAGUAUUAGAUCAUAGUAACAGUAGCGUAUAAAAGUUACUUGGUAGUCAACUUUUUCAAAAUUUAAAUUUUCUAGGUUUUACCAGAUGACAUAUCUGAAAGUGAAUGUCGAGGUGGAUUAUUCAAUCCAGAUUAUGAAAAAAAUUAUAUGAAAUCUUUCUUUUCGCACGUCGAAAAGUCUCCAAAUCGCAUUCGACGUGAAGUUGUGCCACGAAACUCACUACAGAAAAAUGAUUCCACUAUCAGUUUAGUAGCGCCGUUCGUUUUAAAAGAAUCUAACAUAUAA